AUGGAAACGAAAGAAAAUAAUUCUGAAAUAAAACCAUAUAAACCAUCUUGGGGAAACGAAAUUUCAAGACCGUCAGAAUCACUUGAAUUAAUAAAUAAAAAUAUUUUCCACGUUUCUCCUAGCAAUUCUAAAGAUUCUCAAACUAUAUCAAUUGCCACGGAUUCAACAAAAAAUUUAUCACCGAUAGAAGAAUAUCUUCAAGUAACUAUGCGUCUUAUCACGACUAAAUCAUUAUCGCCCCGCACUUCUGUAAUACUGGAGGAUCUUUAUGUCAAAUACAAAUUAAACAGGGGUUAUAAUUCAAAUAUUGAUAUAAAUCGACAAGAUUGGAUAAAAGUCAUUAAACAUUACGAUGAAUAUAAAGAAACAUUUGCAGAUCUGGAGAAAAAUGGAUCAAAAGAAAACUCAUCAACGUCCAAAAAGGAACAGCUUGAUACGGAAUCUCGUACAUUAAAGAAGACGAAGAUUCUCAUGGAAGAUACUGAAUCACCUUGGUUCACUUUGCAAACAGUCCAGGACUCUUUAUUCGAACAACCUUGCGACUCAGAGAUAAUUCAGAUCAACGAUGUAUUUUCUGAUUUUUCUUUGGCCGAUGCAGGUCACGAUAAAACAAUGAAAGAGCUCGUCAGACAAUGGAUGGCGAAAGAAGAGCAAUUUUUGGUAAUUGCUCCAGGUCAGAGUAAAAAAGUGCCAGAUCCUGGCGGAGAGGAGGAAAGAACGCAUAAUAAAGAUCGAUGGAAAAAAAUACGGAAAAUGUAAGAGUAGUCGAACAAGUUUUGAUAACAAAGAAAUAGGAAGCUUAUUUUUUUAUGAUUAUGAUAUAUUUUGAUCGUGAUUAAAAUUUGAAAUUACAUCAUGACAGUUCAAUUCGAAAUUGGCACUGUCACGCCUUUUAAUUUCUAAACAUCGAACUAUUCGCUUGCGGGUCUACAUCGGAAUGGUCGAUUUUAUCUAACAAUCUAACAGGAUCACUAACACAUGGAUGAAAAUUGUACAAAGCCAACCGGUGGACAUGCAUGGCUUUAUAUGUCAGUGCCACAAUUUGGAGAAAGUGCGUCCUUGACAACUUGUACAAUAUCACGACCCAUGUACCAUAUUACAUAAACGAAAGGAAGGCCAGGAUAUAAAAAGAAAAAAAAAAUUAAAUAUCUCAUGUGACGUAGCAGCAUUCUUUUAUGUAAUGCGGAAUAAACCUGAAGUCGUGCAAUCACGGCAUGAUGUGCAAUUGACGUGAAGUUAUUAUGUGUUACAUGUCAUUGGUAAUGUAACUUUUUUGCCUAAUGAGCUGGAUAAAUAUUCAACGAGAUAUCGAAAAUUUCACCGACUUUAAUUUCAUUUUAUAAUGUAACAAAAACUCUUACAGAAGUUCUUUCCUUCUUAAAAUUACAUAAAAAUAUAAUGCUUAUAGAA